CCGAUAUAUUAACUCAAAAGGGUACUGGAUGGAUGUGGCUCACUUUGAUAUACAUUUCCAGUCCUACCAGUGUCAAUUCAACAGGAAAAGUUCAUCCAUACUCAACAAAUAAAAAAUUGUGGUAAAAGGAACGAUGGCUGAAGCUAACAAACUUAUAACUGAAAUAUUCAGUCCAUUUCAAGAUUAUAUUAAUGCUGAGCAGGAUCUUAGAGAGGAAAUUAGAACUAUAAUGAAGGAGAUUGAAAAACCUCUUAGGGAGAUUGUAAUAACAUUACAGAUUAUCCACAGUGAAGUAGAUUGUGAAAAAAUUCAUGUUGCCUUAUUACGGUCCAGAGAACGAUUUGAAGAAGUUCGUAAAGGAUAUGAAGCACUGAAUAAAGUUGUUCCAGCUGGACAGUAUUAUAGGUACAAUGAUCACUGGAGGUAUGGAACUCAAAGACUUUGUUUUUUGGCCAGUCUCAUUGUCUUUUUGGAAAAAGGGGUUUUAAUAGAUAGAAUAACAACUGCACAAAUUCUUGGAGUUCAUGAAAAAGAAAAUAUACACCUUGACUUAGAAGACUACCUCAUGGGCUUAUUAAAUUUAGCUUCAGAAUUGGCUAGAUUUGCUAUAAAUUCAGUCACUUUAGGUGACUAUUCCAGGCCUCUACAAAUAUCAAAGUUUGUAGCUGAACUUAAUGCUGGCUUCAGACUACUCAACCUGAAAAAUGAUUCUUUAAGAAAAAGAUUUGAUGUUUUGAAGUAUGAUGUGAAGAAAAUUGAAGAAGUAGUAUAUGAUUUAUCUAUUAGAGGCUUGAUAGGAGGUAGCUCCAAUCAAACUGCACCAAAUACAGUUGAAGAAGACAUGGGUUAGAGUUUCCCUGACACCAUAUUUAUAUUUUUAUUACCUUUUUUACACUCAUUUUCUUCAAUAAUAAUACUUUCAAAAUAUUUUUUUAAUAACUUAAUUUAUUUUCCAUGUAAUAUCUCUUGAAAAGCAGGCACAUUCAAGCUUACUAAUUGAAAAGAGUAUGGUCUACAAAAAAUACAUUUUAUUCUUACUUUA